CAACCUACCGGUGAAGAUCAAAGUUCUCCACAAUGGAAGACAAGACUGUCUGGGGCCAGUUUCAGUCAAAUUUUUUGAAAUUUGCUAUACCAGCUGGCGUGUCAACUGCUGCUUUUGGUUUAAUUUUCUUUUUGAGGAAAUUUGGGAUAAUUUACCAGUGGUCGCACAAGGUUGAGAGAGAAUCUAAAAGACAUGGUGGUGAGAUUGUGGCAGAGGUUUUGAAGGCUCAUGGCGUGAACAAUAUUUUUACACUUGUUGGUGGCCAUAUCUCACCUAUACUUGUUGCCUGUGAAAAACUUGGCAUUAGAGUAGUGGACACAAGACAUGAGGUCACUGCAGUAUUUGCGGCCGAUGCUGUUGCUAGGAUGUCAGGGACGGUUGGCGUGGCUGCUGUCACAGCUGGUCCUGGACUGACAAAUACAGUGACUGCAGUGAAAAAUGCACAGAUGGCAGAGUCCCCUGUUCUUCUGAUGGGUGGUGCAGCUGCUUCACUCCUCAAAGGACGUGGUGCUCUACAGGAUAUUGAUCAGAUGUCAUUGUUCAAGCCCCUGUGUAAGUAUUGUGCUACAGUAACCAAGGUACGAGAUAUAGCACCAACACUUAGGAAAGCGUUACAGAUGGCCCAGUCUGGAACACCGGGGCCAGUUUUUGUGGAAUUUCCUAUUGACACACUCUACCCAUAUGAAAUGGUAAACAAAGAGGUUGGAGCCAAAAAUAAAGGCAAAGGACUCGUUCAAAAUAUUGUAAACUGGUAUCUGCAGAACUAUGUGAAUGAUUUAUUUGCAGGGGCAUGGGAGAAAAGGGAUGUAACUCCACUUCCUGCUCAAUUACCUACUGCAAGCAAUGAUCAAAUCCAGAAGAGUAUUGAACUGUUGUCGCGAGCCAAAAAGCCUCUGAUACUUCUUGGAUCUCAGUCCACACUUCCUCCCACGCCAGUUGAUGAUCUCAGAAAGGCUUGUGAAAGUAUGGGUAUCCCAUGUUUCCUUGGUGGUAUGGCAAGAGGUUUACUAGGUAGAUACAGCGAGCUUCAAAUUAGACAGAAACGUGGUGAAGCUCUGAAAGAGGCAGAUGUAGUGAUCUUAGCAGGAACCGUGUGUGACUUUAGGUUAGGUUAUGGAAGAGUCCUGAAUAGAAGAUCCAAAAUAAUUGCUGUAAAUAGAAACAAGGAACAACUUUAUAAGAAUACAGACAUGUUUUGGAAGCCUACUGUGGCAAUACAGGGGGAUGUGGGCAGUUUUAUGGUUAAGUUAGCAGAGGGUAUGAAAGGUUACAAGUGUGACCAGGAAUGGCUUAACAUGCUGAGAAGCAAGGAUACAGAGAAAGAAAAGGCUAACAGGGAUAAAUGCAGUGAGGUCACAGACAUACAUUUGAAUCCAGUGAAAGUUUUACAUACAGCAGAGGAAGUGAUGUCAGAAGACACUAUCAUGGUGGCAGACGGCGGUGACUUUGUUGGUACCGCAGCUUAUAUCAUGAGGCCAAGAGGACCUCUGAGAUGGCUGGAUCCUGGAGCAUUUGGCACACUAGGUGUAGGUGGUGGGUUUGCAUUGGGAGCGAAACUUUGCAGGCCAGAAAGUGAUGUUUGGAUUAUUUAUGGUGAUGGGUCACUUGGUUACAGUGUGGCAGAGUUUGAUACCUUCACAAGACAUAAGACCCCGGUGAUUGCCCUGGUAGGUAAUGAUGCUGGUUGGACACAGAUAUCAAGGGAACAAGUGCCAAUGUUUGGAAGUAAUGUGGCUUGUCAGUUAGCUUUCACUGACUAUGAGACAGUUGCCAUAGGAUAUGGAGGUAGGGGCCUCAGAUUGGAUCGUAGUAAAGAUGAUAAAAUCAAAGAGGUUCUGGAAGAGGCCAUUAAACUUAGUAGAAAUGGGGACAGUGUACUAGUCAAUGCUUUAAUAGGAAAAACAAAUUUUAGGGAAGGCAGUAUUUCUGUAUAGAUUGUAACGAUUCACUGGUCUGCCUUGAAGCAACUGUAUUUUGUAAUUAUUUAAAGCUGCAUACCUUCAGAUUUGUGAGAAUUGCAAUAGAAAUUUAAAAUUUGAUCUAAUGAGUCAAAAUGGCAUUAAGUGUACUUAAGUGAUUAAUGUAGCUUGAGGCACUGACUAAUACGGUAAUUACUAUACAUGGACAUUACAUUGAACAAAAUUUGCAUUUUUCUCUUACCCAGAUACUGUUGUUGAUGAAAUGAGUAAAUUCUUGCAUAUUUUACAUAAUACGUGUACAUUUAAAGUUUCAAUUUUUAUACAUUUCUAAAAUUAUAGAUUUAUUUUCUUACAUGUGCCUUUUUUUGGAAGAUUUAUUUUACACCUAUGAAGUCUUGGUGCUUUACACUAAUAUCAUAAUUCUAUUUAAUUUUUCUAAAUGGUAACCACGAUGUUCAUGGGGGCAUGUAUGCACAGAAUGUAUUAAGAUAAGUUUAACAUAUCUUUGAAUCUUGAAAAGCAAAAAAACAUUUAAAUUAUAAUUAGUUUUGUAUGUUACAUAUAUAUGUUAAAAUCGAUAUAUUUUCAAUCAUGUUUUACUUAGAAGAUGUCAUGGUUUUCAUCGUGCAAAUUAGGGAACUUUUGCACAUGCAGUGUUCAUACUUGAUUGAGGUUUUUUGACAUGAUGGGAACUGGAAAUCUUUCUCUGAGAUUUGUCUACCAUUUGAUGUAGGUCUAUACCAAUAACAUGUGUGCAAAAUUUCCGAUCGUUCUCUCCUUCCAUUUUCCUGCAAUCAUUUUUGUUGUGCAAAAUGACGCAAAUAUGAAGUUUUGCAAUGCUUUUCAGUCAAAUCGGGCUAAAAAAUCACAUAAAAAAAUUGAUGUUCUGUUUAAUUCAGAGUAAAUUUCUUUAUUUCGCUUUGAUUUUUUUUUCAUGAAAGUGCUUCACUAGAUCAAUGUUAUAAUUUUUAGGUUAUAGAAUUUUUUACCUUUAAAAUGGUGUUACUUUGUCAGUUGAGGAAAGCCAUUUUAGGGGACACAAUUAUAAUUGCAUAUCUUUAAAUUGUUACCUGCUAAGUGUGCAUCAAAGAGGGCAUGAACAUUGAACAGAUAGCCCUUGUUUGUUAUAUACAUUGUAUUUUAAAUGCUUUUUUUCUGAUUAUUUCUAUCUAUCCUGUGAUAUUCAUGGUCAUUUUGAAUGUUUGCGUAUCUUAGGAGUUCUGUCUUAGAUUCUUUCAUUGUGUAAAUUUAAUUUUGAUUGUGUGUGAUGAUGAAUGUAAGUGUCUGUAUGUAACAGAAAAUGAUAAUUUCUUCAUGCAUGUGAUAAUUUACAUGUAUCUAUGUUUCUUGGUGUUUCUGUUCAAAUAUAUAUAUACAUGUAUAUAUGAACAAAUUGUACAAAACUGCCUUAACUGUAGCUAUGUAUGCUAAUAAAAGAAUAUAUUACAA